CAUAGCAUCGGCCGGUUUAAGCAGAAUUCCUUUCCAAAGUUGACGAGUUUCUCGCUUCGGUUUUUUUUUGUUUUUUUUUGCAUGAUAAGCAAAUUUCCACGCCUUCUUCAAUGACACGAAUCUUAAAGAACGUUAGAAGCCUGUCCACUGCUCCAAUGACACAAACGGAAGUGUCUGUGCCGGUCCCCUGGGGAGAGAUCAGAGGGAAAGCCUGGGGUCCUGAUCAUGGUCGCCCUGUGCUGUGCCUGCAUGGCUGGGCUGACAACUGUGGCACCUUCAACACUCUUAUUCCUCUUCUACCUAAAGAGUGCAGAUAUGUGGCGGUGGACCUGGCGGGUCACGGUCUGUCCUCGCAUCGUCCCCCUGGCGUCUUUUACUCCUUUCCUUCAUAUGUGGCCGAUAUUCAAAGAGUCGUUGACACCCUCCGCUGGCGCAGAUUCUCCAUUUUGGGCCACAGUAUGGGAGGCAAUAUUGCUGGAAUGUUCAGUGCGCUUUUCCCUGAGAUGGUGGAGGCUUGUGUAAUGCUGGACUCUUAUGGAUUCCUACCCACUGAUCCGAAAUAUUUGUCCAAAAUAAUGCGGCAGGGGAUGGACGACAUGCUUCGGUUUGAAAAGAAGCCUGAAAAGAGUGAGCGAGUUUACACCAAUGAGAAAGCAGUUGAGAGGCUCUUGGCAGCAAACCCAACUCUGUCUGAGACAUCAGCGUGCAACCUUUUAGAACGUGGUCUGGUUCAAGUCGAAGGAGGAGUUGUCUUCUCACGCGACUUCCGUAUUAAUCUGAAAAACAUAGCUCGUAUCAGCUUGGAGCAGAGUCUGGAGCUGCUCUCCGGGAUACAAGCCGCCGUUCUGGUGGUUCUUGCGGAUGAAGGCUUUGAGAAAAUAUUUGCAGAACCAGACCAAAAGAAAUUUACAUCCGAGCUUCUGCAGGGCUACAGACACAAAAAUCACUCGGUGGUGACGGUCCCCGGCGGCCAUCACGUCCAUUUAAACAACCCCGAGGUGGUUGCUCCGUUGGUGUCUGAAUUCCUCCACAGCAAAGUCUUAUCGUCGACAGUCAGAGCGGACGGACUCACCACUAAGCUGUAGGAAGAACACAUCAAUUACACUUCUGUCAUCAAUCUGAAUGUGUUGCUAAAUGUGGCUUUUGUUUAAUUUUUUUUUAUUUUGUGAUCUUUGCUGACCUCAAGGUAAAAUUCCAUAUACUCUUCGUAGUUUCAUAUCUCAGGCCCUGCAGCAGUGGUAGAUACUCUCUUAUCUACAGCCAAUAUGGGAAGCGGCCUCCUCACAUCUCUACUGAUGUUUGUUUUUCUUUUCGGCUCCUGCAUUCUAUAUUUUUGACCGGCCAGUCGACAAUAUAUGAGCAGACAGACGCUCGCUAUAUCGCCUGCUCCCCGGUGCCGUUGAGCAACCCUUUAAAUCACUGACUUUGAAGUCUCCUGCCAUUAAUAUUUCAGAGCUCGCAUGAAUAAAUCAAAAGGCAACUAGCAGAGCAAAGCAGCAGCAGCAGCACAGCGGCUCAGGGGCUGCAUAUUAGUAAGGUGGUCCGGCUGCUCUGGUCCGUGGAGGAUUUCGGAUUUCCAUCGCAAGCGUUCUCCAUCCUCGAAUUCCGCUUCUCAAACCUUACCAGCUUUCAGAACUGCUGGUUAAAUGUCCCGUAGCGUUUGAAGGGUUUUAUUCUGCUCUCGGCGUGCUAUUUGAUUGAAAUAUCUUCUACGUAUGAUUAUAUAAUGCCUGAAAACACGAAUGUGAAUGUGACAUCAGUCCAGCGGUCGGCAAUGCUCAAGUACUUUUGAUCUUGGAAUGUUUGUUGGUCCAUAAAAAUGCAUUUUAGAAGAAAUGUAGUAGUGGAGUGCGCUAUUAGAUCCAGCAGAUGGCGGUGUGCUUAAACAAAAAAGAAUAAAAAGUGAUGCAAUUGUGCAAUUAAUUGGUUAAAAUAAAAUUCUGUCAUGGCCCUC